UCUCCUUUCCUUCUUUCUCUUACUUUUGUUCCAGUUCGAAAUCGGUUAGUUUAACUUUACAAUAUGGUGUCCAAUAAAGUAUACGUUAUUGGCGUUGGUAUGUCUAAAUUCUUAAAACCUCGGGGAGAGGUAGAUUAUCCAGAAUUUGGCCUUGAAGCUACUGUCAAAGCUUUAAAUGAUGCUGGGAUUACUUACGACGAUGUGAAGUUCGCUGCUGUUGGUUACGUUUACGGAGACAGUACUGCUGGCCAACGAGUACUAUAUCAACUUGGCAUGACACAGAUACCUAUUAUUAAUGUCAACAACAAUUGCUCAACAGGAUCGACGGCGCUUUAUCAAGCGCGCAGUGCUAUAGCUUCUGGAUCCGUCGAUUGUGCUAUGGCAUUAGGAUUUGAAAAAAUGGCUAGAGGCUCAUUAACUUCCACCUUCUCUGAUCGUACAAAUCCAUUGGAUCACGUCAUGAUGGUGAUGAUGCAGGAACGAGGUUUUGAACCUAAGGCUCCUGCUGCUGCACAAAUUUUUGGUAACGCUGGUAUUGCUUACAUGGAAAAAUACGGUGCCACUGCUCAGCAUUUGGCAAAGAUCGCUGAAAAGAACCACCGUCAUAGCUCCAAAAAUCCUUAUUCUCAGUUCCAGGAUAUAUAUACGUUAGAGCAAAUUGAAAAGUCUCCCAAAGUUUUUGGUCCACUUACUAAACUUCAAUGCUGCCCUACUUCAGAUGGUGCUGGCUGUUCCAUUCUCGCUAGUGAGGCAUUCGUGGUCAAACACAACCUUUGGGAUCAAGCUGUCGAAAUCGUUGCUCAGGUUAUGGCAACUGAUUCUCCUCGUAUGCUCACCAAUGAUGCUAUUGAAUGGGCAGGCUGUGAUAUGACACGUCAUGCUGCGGCUAAAGCCUAUAAGAUCGCAAAUAUAACACCAAACGAUGUGCAGGUGAUUGAGCUCCACGAUUGUUUCUCAGCCAACGAAUUGCUGACCUACGAAAGCCUGGGUUUAACACCAGUGGGCAAGGCUCAUACGUUGAUUGAUAGUGGUGAUAAUACAUACGGCGGCAAAUAUGUCAUAAACCCUUCCGGUGGUUUGAUAUCUAAAGGUCACCCUCUAGGCGCAACUGGUUUAGCUCAAUGUACAGAAUUGGUCUGGCAACUACGUAACUGGGCAGGCGAUCGCCAGGUCCAAAAUGUCCGAUAUGCGCUCCAGCAUAAUGUAGGGUUAGGAGGUGCUGUAGUUGUAACCAUCUAUAAGAAGGCUAAUGAAAAGCCGUCUCAGCCCCGGGUCGGCUAUAAUCCAGCAAUUGAAGCGAAAUCUAUUACAAAGGAUGACUAUGAAAAAGCAGCUUCUGGUAGACGAGCAGAAUUCCUGGAGGCUAAACUAUGAGGGCAACAAUUCCGGCAUUGGGUAGUAAAUUCAUCUCCUAAAACAUUCUUGUACAACGAAAUGUAAGGCGUUGUUAAAUAUAGUCAAAGACGAUACAUAAAUAUGUAUCUAUUGAUUCUAUACUGUAGGCUCGUAUGAACGCAGAAGAUUGAUUAUGAUGUUAUAAUAAAGGGCUAGAAGUAUUGUUUUCGUUUUUCAUCACC